AUGACGAGAACUUAUGACCAAGAGCUGGCGUUUCUGGAAAAGAUCACCCCAACUUGUUGGAAAAUCAAGAAAGGUUUUGUCCCAAACAUGAAUGUUGAAGGUGUCUUCUACGUGAAUAACUUUCUUGAAAAACUUAUGUUUGACGAAUUACGAAAUUUUACACGCAGUGGAGAUUAUGGUGGGUUUCUACCAGGAAUGAAGCAAAUAGGGAACGUCGCAGCGUUACCUGGAAUUGUUCAUCGUUCAGUCGGCUUACCUGAUGUACAUUCUGGAUAUGGUUUUGCCAUCGGUAAUAUGGCUGCAUUUGACCUGACCAAUCCAAAAUCAGUAGUCUCACCUGGUGGUGUUGGGUUCGAUAUCAAUUGCGGAGUCCGACUUAUACGCACAAAUCUGAAUUUAAAAGAUGUUCUUCCAGUGAAAGAAAAGCUAACUCAGACUUUGUUUGAUCAUAUUCCUGUUGGUGUUGGUUCCAAAGGUAUCAUACCGAUGGAUGCUCAAGCUCUGGAAGAAGCUUUAGAAAUGGGUAUGGACUGGUCUCUGAGACAAGGGUAUGUCUGGGCGGAAGAUAAGGAGCAUUGUGAAGAGUAUGGUCGUAUGCUUCAGGCUGAUCCGUCUAAAGUUUCUUCACGAGCAAAAAAACGUGGACUUCCGCAACUUGGGACUCUUGGAGCUGGUAAUCAUUACGCUGAGAUACAAGUUGUGGAAGAAAUUUUUGACAAACAUGCAGCAACUAAAAUGGGCAUCAAUCAUUUAAAUCAGAUAGUACUAAUGAUUCAUUGUGGGAGUCGAGGAAUGGGUCAUCAAGUUGCAACAGAUGCUUUGGUCUCCAUGGAAAAAGCAAUGAAACGUGAUAAAAUCGAAGUAAAUGACCGGCAGUUGGCCUGUGCACACAUUAAUUCUGAAGAAGGUCAAGAUUAUUUGAAAGCAAUGGCAGCGGCUGCCAACUAUGCCUGGGUUAAUCGAUCUUCUAUGACAUUUCUUGCAAGACAGGCUUUUGCGAAAAUUUUCCAUUCUACACCGGACGAUUUAGAUAUGCAGAUUAUAUACGAUGUAUCACAUAAUAUCGCUAAGGUGGAAGAACAUUGGGUAGAUGGCAAAAUAAAAACUUUACUAGUUCAUCGCAAGGGAUCUACUCGAGCAUUUCCACCUCAUCAUCCCUUAAUUCCUGUUGAUUAUCAGCUUACCGGACAGCCUGUACUUAUUGGUGGUACUAUGGGUACUUGUAGUUAUGUUUUAACUGGUACUGAAAAAGCAAUGACUGAAACUUUUGGUUCAACAUGUCAUGGUGCUGGUCGUGCAUUAUCUCGAGCCAAAUCAAGACGUAAUCUCGACUAUACUGAUGUUUUAGCACAGUUACAGGAAAAAGGUAUAUCAAUACGAGUUGCUUCACCUAAACUUGUAAUGGAAGAAGCUCCAGAAUCAUAUAAAAAUGUAACAGAUGUCGUAGAUACCUGUCAAGCAGCUGGAAUAAGUAACAAGGUGCUCAAACUACGUCCAAUUGGAGUAAUCAAAGUACGUCAAUUAAAUGAAGAUAAAGAUAAGACACUGGACGUUAUAGAAAUUUUAGUUAUGAAUAUUCCAGACGCUGAUGAAGAUCUAUUGGCCAUCGAUACUGAAAAAUUAGACAGUAUACUUGAAAAUCGAGAUGAAGUUAUUAAUAAUCAAACCAUCCCAGAACUUAUUCCAGAUGAAACAUAUAAUUUUUCAAAACAAUUUUCACCGAUAAUUCGUCUCUAUUCAUCUACCAUCUAUGAUCGUAUUCAUGCCGUAUACUCAACAGACCCCUUUUUAUCUGACCAAGAAUUGAAUAAACUUGGUAGGACAACACGAAAAAUUCCUGUGUAUCUUGGUAUCUCUAUUGGAAUGAUUACAGGUGUAAUGCGUGCGUUUGUAUCAUAUGAUGAAUUCCUACGUGCCAAUAAAUAUACUAUAUUUGUAAACAAUGAAACGGCUAGGCGUCAUUCCUUAGAUCAUUGUAUACUUAAAGGUGCCGUAUUUGGAAUUUCCACUGGUUGCAAAGUAACGAUACUUACUGGUGGAUUCUACACUCUACCGUUACUGUUCUCCGCAAUUCAGGGGAAAACAAGUUACUGGGAACAUGCUGUAGGCUGGGGAAUUACAGGUUCAUUGUAUUGCUUUAAUCGUGGAUUUAAACGAAUGCUUAUAGCAGGAAUGAUUGCUUCUGUACCUGGUCUGCUUACUGGUGUUUUAUCCAUGUUAGCAUGUCGUGCAUCAAAUUCAACAUUUGAAGAAUUAUACGCAAAAUAUUUAAAUGAAACUCAGAAAAUCUAG